CGCCGCCGGGAGGAGGUGCCCGCCAGCUCGCUCGCGGCGCGCGCCGGCCGCCAGCCUCGGCCUGUGGGCGAUCUUCGGCCCCGGCUCCCCGUCCGAGGAGGAAGAUGCAGACCUUUCUGAAAGGGAAGCGAGUUGGCUACUGGCUGAGCGAGAAGAAAAUAAAAAAACUGAAUUUCCAGGCCUUCGCCGAGCUGUGCAGGAAACGAGGGAUAGAAGUCGUGCAGUUGAACCUCAGCCGGCCAAUUGAGGAGCAGGGCCCCCUGGAUGUCAUUAUCCACAAGCUGACCGAUGUCAUCCUUGAAGCGGAUCAGAACGACAGCCAGUCUCUGGAGCUGGUACACCGGUUCCAGGAGUACAUCGAUGCCCACCCCGAGACCAUUGUCUUGGACCCUCUUCCUGCCAUCAGGACCCUGCUGGACCGCUCCAAGUCCUACGAGCUCAUCCGGAAGAUCGAGGCCUAUAUGAAAGAUGACCGCAUCUGCUCCCCACCCUUCAUGGAACUCACCAGCCUGUGCGGGGACAACACUAUGCAGCUCCUAGAGAGGAACGGCUUGGCUUUCCCGUUUAUCUGCAAAACCAGAGUGGCUCAUGGCACCAGCUCUCAUGAGAUGGCCAUUGUAUUCAACCAGGAGGGCCUGAAUGCCAUCCAGCCCCCCUGCGUGGUCCAGAAUUUCAUCAACCACAAUGCCGUCUUAUACAAGGUGUUUGUGGUCGGCGAGUCUUACACUGUGGUGCAGAGGCCCUCACUGAAGAACUUCUCCGCGGGCACAUCAGACCGAGAGUCCAUCUUCUUCAACAGCCACAAUGUGUCGAAGCCGGAGUCUUCAUCAGUGUUGACCGCGCUGGACAGGAUCGAGGGCGUGUUUGAGCGGCCGUGCGACGAGGUCAUCCGGGAGCUGUCCCGGGCACUGCGGCAGGCGCUGGGUGUGUCGCUCUUUGGAAUUGACAUUAUCAUCAACAACCAGACGGGACAACACGCUGUCAUCGACAUCAACGCCUUCCCAGGUUAUGAGGGCGUGAGCGAGUUCUUCACAGACCUCCUGAACCACAUCGCCACCGUCCUGCAGGGCCAGAGCUCGGCCGCGGGGGACACCGGGGACACAGCCCCACAGAGGCACAGCAGGCUCCUGGCGGAGCAGGUGGGCAGCCACGCGGGUGAGCGGACAUACAGCGCCAGCCCCGGCUGCUGCAGCAGCAAGAUGGGCCAAGACCCACCCUGGAAGGCCGAGGCCGACGCCGCCAGCAGCGCAGGCCCCAGCGGCCCCGCCAAGCUGCAGCACCAGAGACUCGGCUGCACCACCGCCGUGUCCCCCAGCUUCCAGCAGCACUGCGUGGCCUCCCUGGCCACCAAGGCCUCCUCCCAAUAGCCAC